CAUCUUUGCCGGCCACAUCUCCUAGCGACGUUCAUCUCUUUGCUCUGGGAGACUUCAUCACUUUCCAAGGGUAUUCGGGGAGGCUUCUUGCAACAAGAAUGGGAGAUCCGGGGCUGUGUCGUCUACGUUCAACAAACCAUGCAGUUGCGGUCGGUACUGUUCUUCUCCUCAUUGCGACGUUGGGGGCGGCAGAGACAGACGACGCUCCAUACUUCCCAAAAUGCAAAGCAAGUGCCGGGGCUAUGGAUAUCGCUGGCCUGAUCGACAAGGACCCCUGCAUGUUCAGGUGCCCGCCAACGGUGAGCAUGGUUUGCUCCAACGACGGCAUGAGUCACAUGAAUGACUGCUUCCUGUGCAAGAGCGCGUGCCACAACCCUGGCCGGCCCAUCUUCAAGGUGUGCGAUGGACGCUGUCCUUGCAAGGGUGAGCCCCACGAUGAGGAUAUGGAGGCGUCGGAGGACUGUGUCGACGGAGAGUGUAAGACAGACUCCAAGGACCACUACGGCGAAGAUUAUGGCUUCGACGUGGAGAGCCCCGACGAGAAAUACGCCUCCCCCGUCUACAAGGAAGGCGACGCCGACGUCCUUCACGAGUCGAAAGGCUACGAGGCCGAUCCGACCGCUGACCCGCUCGCAGCGGCUGAGGACGCAGAUGGGGUAGACGACCCCGAAGGCGCCGAGGAAAAAGAAGAAGAAGAUGAUGAAGAAGAUGAUGACGAUUUGGAGGAUUUGGAAGCGGAGUAAACGUAGCGGAGAAUGAAUAAGAAAUCUUUGGAGUCAUCAGUAGGGACGCCCCCAUGUAACUCAUUUUUGUACGAGUGGAUUUAUUUUUUUUUUCCUCCACGAAAGUCAUUACUACCAGUGUGCCAUACCGUAGUGGUGCUAUACAUGCAGCACAGGGCAGCAAGGGUGCAUAUAUUUUCAUUCAAAGUUGCUAUAAAGUGAUCUUGACCCAGUAGUUUUUUUCUCUGUGUUUGUUUUACUUCGUAGCCAGUUCUCUGUUGACCUUAGUGUGAAUUUAUUGGAGGGUGAUCUCCCACCAGCCUAUACUGCAUGAAUAACCGUCUGUGGCCCAGUUCUGCGUCAGCCCGUUCUCAACAAAUUAAUUUCUAAAUCGCCCUUCACUGCUCCCGAUUUGCUUGUUCGUUUCUUAGUUUAUAUUUCUGUUUUACGUCUUGGCAAUUUAUUUAAAUUCUGACCUUUAAACUUAAAAAAAACCUAAGCGUACCAAACAAACGAUUUUUCAACUUUUUUCGUUUAUGUAUAAUUAAUGAAAACUCUAAAGCGCGCUGUUUGUAUUUGAUGGUAACGUCAAGAGUCAAAAAUGAUCUUCAUUUCAGAGCCAAAUUGGCAACAUUCAUUAGACAUUUGUUGAUUUCUUUCCUUUUUGUCUCACUGUCGUUUUCAUGACAGUUGUAUAUGGCACUUCCAGUACAACAUUCCUUUCCCUGUGUUUAAAAUAAAACGCCACGUUUCAUAAAACUUAA